AUGGCCCUCUCAUCGCCCCUGUCCAGCCCCUCGAGCCACGAGGCGAGCGGCAGCACCUCGAAGCUGUCGCCCGCCACCUCGGUCCUCGCAGACGACGCACAACCGCCGCCCGCCAAAAAGAUCCGAUGGCGCCCGACGCAGCACCUGCGACCCGCAGCACCCCCGCCUCCGGAUCAGAAGCUCAUCGACGAGAUGGCCGCUCAGCAGGCGGCCCAGUCGCUCGGAUACGAGGGCAGGCGCAUCAAGAAGUUCAUGCAGCGCCGCACCGUCGAUUACUGGGGCACCAUCCCGCGCUGGGCGCUGCGGCGGCACACGGCCACACUCGUGCGCUCUGCAGAGUCCAGCACCUAUCCCAUCUUUCCCUCCUCCCACCAGAUCGUCAAUCUCCUGCCCCCGGCCGCCUACGACAACCCUUCGACCUCGCUGGCGACCACGCUGAUCCACACCUCGACAAACAAGAUCCGAUGUCCCGUCAACGUGGUGCGCUGGAUGCCCGACGCCCGCCGCCUCCUCACCGGCUCCACCUCGGGCGAGUUCACCCUCUGGAAUGGGCUCACCUUCAACUUCGAGACCAUCAUGCAGGCCCACGACAGCGCCGUGCGCGCGUUUGAGUGGAGCAAGUCUGGCAACUGGCUCAUCAGCUCCGACCAGAACGGCACCAUCAAGUACUUUCAGUCCAACAUGAACAACCUCCAGGCCUUUCAGGGCCACCGAGAGUCGGUCAGGGCGCUCAGCUUCAGCCCCGACGACGCCAGGUUCGUCUCGGCGUCCGACGACUCGACCAUGAAGGUGUGGAACUUUGACGAUGCGCGCGAGGAAAAGAGCCUGACGGGCCACGGCUGGGACGUCAAGUGCGUCGAGUGGCACCGCACAAAGGGCAUGAUCGUCUCCGGGAGCAAGGAUAACCUCGUCAAGUUCUGGGAUCCGAGGUCCAACACCGUGCUCGGCACCUUCCACGGUCACAAGAACACAGUGCAGGCCUGCAAGUGGAGCCCGGACGGCAACAUGGUCGCCACCGCCUCGCGCGACCAGGUGCUCAAGGUGUUUGACAUCCGUGCCAUGAACGAGAUUUACACGUUGAAGGGGCAUCAAAAGGAAGUCUGCUCCGUCGAUUGGCACCCCGUCCACCAGGACACGCUCGUCUCGGGCGGCUCCGAGGGCGCCGUCCUCUUCUGGUCGCUCCGUUCCGCCACACCCGACACGCCGGUGCACACGAUGCCGGACGCGCACGAGUCCAACGUCUGGAGCCUGCAAUGGCAUCCCCUCGGUCACAUCCUGGCCAGCGGGUCCAAUGACCACACCACCCGCUUCUGGAGCCGGGCCAGGCCGGCCGACGGCCGGGAAGGCGCUGAGGGAAAGAAUGAAGAGAAGCAGCGCUGGAAUGCCAAGCGCGGCGGUGAUGACUGGGACGACGACUUCAUCCCUGGCCUCACGUCCGCCAACCGAUCCUUUAUCCCGCAGACGGGCGACACGUCGGCCUCGUCCAUCUCGGUGGCACCUUCGUUUGGAGUGGAUGCCAUGGCGUCGGCAAAUGCGAUGGCGGCCGGGUUUGGCGGCGGUGCGGGCAGCAACAUGGGACACAUCCACCCCUCCCGCCUCCAACAGCAGCUACAUCCCGGGCCGCCACCCCCACCGCCGUCGGACGACUAUAUUCCUGGUCUCUCGUUCAACCGUCCGCCGCCCCCACAAAGGCCCCCACAACCGCCGCCGGGCGGGGCCUACGGCUCAUUCUACGGCGGCGGAGGGGGUGGUGGGGCCGGUGGGCCAGGGCGAUGGUGA